AUGUGUAAAGAGUACAAAUUGACUUGCAAGCUAGUUGAAAAAGAAAUUAAAAUAGCUCGUCUUGGAUAUGAAAAUGAUUUAGUUAAAAGAUCCAAAUUGAAUCCGAAACUUCUGUAUAAAUACCUAAAUAGCCAACAACUAGUCAAAGAAUCAAUCAGAGCCUUAAAAACAGCUAAUGGUAAUCUAACUCAAGAACCUAGAGAGAUAGCUAUUCUACUUAAUAAAUGUUUCCAAGAUAUUUUUGUAAGUGAAAAAGAAGGGAAACUUUCACAUUUCACAGUUGAAUUUAAUGAAAAUCACUCAAAAUAUGUUGAUCUAGAUCCAAAUGAUAUCAGCUACGAAAUGACAUUAGAUAAAUUAAAAAACCUUAAUCAAAAUAAAGCAUGUGGUCCUGAUAGUAUGCAUCCAUUUCUGCUUAAAAACUGUGCUGAAGCAUUUGCUAUUCCUCUAACAUUAAUUAUUAGGGCAUCUUUAACUAAUAGUCAGCUUUCAGUUCAAUUUAAAUCAGCGAACGAAACGCCCCUAUUCAAAAAAGGUGAUAAGACUCUUCCCUGCAAUUAUCGUCCAGUUUCAUUGACUUCUAUUCCAUGUAAAAUUAUGGAAAAAAGCAUUGACUACAUUUCAUCAGGCUUAGAUAUUGGUAUUCCAGUCGAUGUAAUUUUGUUAGAUUUUGCUAAAGCCUUCAACACAGUUCCGCAUAGGAGACUGUUAGCCAAACUAAAAACUUACGGCUUUGAUGGUCUGCUAUUUAAAUGGAUUGCAGCUUUCUUAGAAAACAGAAGACAAAGAGUUGUUCAAGGUGAAAUCAUUUCUGACUGGGUUAAGAUUUUUAGUAGUGUACCACAAGGUUCGGUAAUUGCAGCACUUUUAUUUGUUUUAUGUAUUAACGACCUUCCAAAAAAACUGCUUAAUGUAACCAAAUUAUAUGCUGAUGAUACAAAAGUGCUUUCUCUAUCAUUAGAGCUAUGCGCUACUAAUCUUCAAAAUGAUCUAGAUACUGUCUACAAAUGGUCUCAAACUUGGCUACUUCUGUUUAACAUACCAAAAUACACAUUUUGGUUAUGCAUUAUGGCCACAAUAACAAAAACUAUUUAUAUAAUUUAA